AUGACGGCAAACAGCAUAAAUCACCUUUCAUUUAUGCAGCUGGAAGGCAUGAUCUGCAAUUCUUUGGAAAAUCAUUUGUAUAGAAAUGCAACUUUUCUCGCGGAAAGACUGUUCGCACAGGAUAUUGCAAAUGAAAAUUCGCGUUUUUUGCUGGCUACAUGUCAUUAUCGAAGUGGUCAACGAAAAGCUGCAUAUACUCUUUUGAACAAUGCCGAUUCAAUUAAAUGCAAAUAUCUGCUUGCAAGGUGUUGUUUGGAUUUGGAUAAGGCGGAAGAAGGCAAAGAAAAAUUACUUACUAUUGUAAGUAGUUUAGAGUCACGAAACUCACAGGAUCCAUUUGUUGACUCAAAAUUUAAUCAAACACCAGAUUUAGCAUCCGUCUUAUGUUUAUUGGGAUCUUUAUGUAAAAAUGCGCGUCGUAUUGAUGAGGCUGCUCAAUAUUACGUUCAAUGCAUAAAGAUAAACCCAUUUAUGUGGGAAGCGUUUGAAAAUUUAUGUCAAAUGGGUAAAUCAACUCAGAUUGAAAUUGACGAAAUAUUCCAACCAAAAAGUGAAAAGUUCAUGAGUUGUAGAACUUCAUGUUCAGACAAACUAUACAAUUCACAGAUGUUUAUAUCCAAACCGGCGCAUAAUGGUGAUAAGAGCACACCUGAUCCUAUUCGACGAAUCUCACGGCCGCCUUCUACAACAAGGCAUGCUACGCAACCGUUAACCUCGACACCUGCAUCAGAUAAUAGGGAAAAGAAACGAUCUCGUAUUGGCAAUAAUGAUGUAAGUUUUAUAGGUCUUGAUGAUGAAAAUAAACUAUAUCGACUAGGGAAAGAUGUAAGAACAUUUGUAAAUGUAGAAAAUGAAGUGGUAUUAUUAAACACUGAAGCUUUACAAAAAACUACACUAGAUCCUGAUAAUAUUUAUGAUAAAAUAGAAGACAUUGAUUUGAAAUCCAAUUGUAAUGAAGUUCUGGAAUUACUACAAAAGAUAGCCAAAGGUUACGCGUACCUAAAUCAAUACGAUUGUUUGAAAGCUAUAGAAGCCUUCUCGGAACUUCCUAGACCACAGUAUUUCACCGGUUGGGUUCAAAGUCAUAUAGGGAAAGCAUACUUCGAAAUGGUCAAUUACUCUAUGGCCGAGCGAUUUUUUCAAAAAGCACGUCAAUUGGAACCAUAUCGUCUAGAAGACAUGGAAAUAUUUUCUACAACGUUAUGGCAUUUACGUAAAGACACGGUAUUAAGCGCACUUGCACAUGAAUUAGUUGAAUUCGAACGACUUUCACCACAAGCAUGGUGCGCAGUUGGGAAUUGUUUCAGUCGACAACAAGAACAUGACUUGGCUUUAAAGUGCUUCCAAAGAGCGAUACAUAUAGAUCCAAAAUUCACUUAUGCACAUACUUUAUCUGGUCAUGAGAGUAUGGCCAAUGGAAAUUUUGAAAAAGCUCAAGAACAUUUUAGGAAUGCUUUAAAUACAAAUAGGCGUCAUUAUAACGCUUUGUAUGGACUUGCAAAUUAUUAUAUGACAUGUGACAAAAAAACUAAAGCGGAAUAUCAUUAUAAGAUGGCAAUGGAAAUUAAUCCAAACCAUGCUGUCUUAAUGUGUUGUUUAGGAAAAGUAUACGAGAAAAUGGGUAAGAAUGAGGAAGCGCGCAGACUUUAUGAUCAGGCUUGUCAGGUUACACCUCAGACACCUCUGGCGAUAUUCAAAAAAGCGAAGUCAUUAUAUAGAGAUCAUUAUUAUGAGGAUGCACUUAUUGAACUUGAAAAACUUAAAAAGAUUGUACCAAAAGAACCCAAAGUAUAUUUUCUCGUUGGAAAAAUUUAUAAAGCAAUGGGAGAUAAAACGAGGGCCUUACAAAAUUUUACAAGAACGUACAAUUUGGAUCCAAAAAUGACGCAUAUCGUUAAGACCACAAUAGAAAAAUUGGAAAAUGAUAAUGAGAUAUCAAUGACAUCAACGUCAGUUAUGUCAGAUACCAAUUUAGAAGGGGAAUCAUCGUCAUCUGCGGCCGCUGCUUUUGUUGGGGAAGACGAAGAACAUAAUCAACAUCAACAUCAUCAACAAGAUCAAGCUUUACAUGUAGAAGAUCAAUUGUCGGUUUAUGAAUAUGCUACCUUUGUUGAUGAAGUAUGA